AUGACCGAUCUGAUAGAGAUCGAUGGUCAGAAACUGCAGGAGCUCAAAGAUGCUGAUCUGAAGAACAUGGGUAUAGGUGAAGAAGAGGACCGUAAGGAAAUCCUGUCCAUUAUCAGCGAGCUCUUAUCGAUCCGAAAACAACGAAAGGUGUUUAAUGAUCCCAUCCACGGACAUGUGGAGCUACACCCUCUUCUCGUCAAAAUCAUCGACACACCUCAGUUCCAGAGACUACGAUACAUCAAGCAGCUUGGAGGGACCUACUUUGUUUACCCUGGAGCAUCCCACAACCGCUUUGAACACUCGAUUGGGGUGGCGCACGUAGCAGGAGAGCUUGCAAAAGCUCUUCAAGCACAGCAGCCAGAACUCGGGAUCACUGCCAGAGACAUCCUUUGUGUGCAGAUUGCUGGUCUUUGCCAUGACCUGGGACAUGGGCCCUUUUCCCAUCUGUUUGAUAAUAAGUUCAUCUCUCAAAAACGUCCAUUGGACAAUUGGAAGCAUGAGAACGCUUCUCUGAAGAUGUUUGAUCACCUGGUGGAAACUAAUGAUCUGGAGUGGUUGAUGAAGGCUUACGGCCUUGAUCUGCCCAAGGAUGUGAAGUUCAUCAAAGAGAUGAUUGUAGGACCUUUUAAAACUGAUAAAGACAAAGAAGGGCCAUAUGAAGGACGUACAAAAGACAAGUUCUUCCUCUAUGAAAUCGUGGCCAACAAAACAAACGGCGUUGAUGUGGACAAGUUUGACUACCUUGCCAGGGACUGCUACUACUUGGGCAUCCAGAACAACUUUGACUAUCGGCGCUUCAUAAAGUUUGCCAGAGUGUGUGAGGUGGACAACGGGAAGAAGCACAUCUGCACUAGAGACAAGGAGAUGGGCAAUCUGUAUGACAUGUUCCACACAAGGAACUGUCUCCAUAGAAGAGCCUGCCAGCACAAAGUGGGCAACAUCAUAGAGACUAUGAUCGCAGAGGCCUUUCUGGAAGCAGACGAGCACAUCCAGAUUGAAGGCUCAGAAGGGAACAUGUUCACUCUCUCCACAGCCAUUGAUGACAUGGUGGCCUACACCAAGCUGACAGAUCAAGUGUUUGAACAAAUACUCAACUCUACCUCCACGAAUGAGGAGGAGGCACGCGAUAUUCUAAAGAGGAUCGUCGAUCGAGACCACUACAGGUUUCUGGGUGAAACGAACCCUAAACGAAGAAUAACCCAGAAAUGAAACUUUGGAAAACGGAGUUGGCUGCAUGCCCGCCCUGACGGGAAGGCUCCGGAUGAGCUGACAGCAGCGGACUUUGAAAUUGACAUCGUUACUAUGGACUAUGGGAUGAAAGAAAAGGACCCCAUCGACUCUAUGUAUUUCUACAGCAAGAGAAACCCUACCAACGCAUUCAAGAUAUCCAAAGACCAGAGGUCCAAGCUUCUCCCAACGACCUUUUCUGAGACGCUGAUCAGAGUUUACAGCAAGAAGACUGAUGCAAGUCUGGAGGCUGCCAGGAGGCACUUUGUCCAGUGGUGUAUCAACAAAGACUUGCCAAGACCUCAGGAUGGAGACACAGCUACACCAGAAUAA